AUGGAGUUACAGCAGCCCGCCGCAGCGGAAGCGUUGCCGUCGUCGUCGUCGCCGCCACCACCGCCACCACCGGCCUUUGCGCGUGGCGGGUAUCAUCCAAACGGCAUCAGUGGCAGCGCAAAGCGGCACCACCACCGCCGACAUCACUGCUUCUCUGACAAGAAUAUUGUCGAUCUUCGCCGCCUUGACAACAGCAUCAGCAGUCAUGCCAGAAGUAGUAGUUGUAGUAAUAGCAAUAAUAAUAGGAAAAACAGCGGCGGGAGUAAAGUGGGAGGAGGUGCUCGUGUAGCGCACAGUUGUCAGACGCCAGCGCGGCAGCAGCAGCGCUCCUCUGCGCCCGGCAGCUCACCUGCGCUGUCGACUAGUCGCGGUCAUAUACCGCUGCAUUCCUCUUCGGGAAAAAUGAUGUCCUUCUCUUCACGAGGGUGUGAACCACCAACAAAGAUACUUGACUUUCUUUUCAUUGGGGGAGUGCGUGACGCGACGAACGCAGAAUUUUUGCGUCGAGAGAAUAUAGUGACCAUUCUCAACGUCUCGCGUGAAGAAUACUGGUCUGUGGAUCGCGGCAUUGUCAUCCACCCGUUUGCCGUAGACGACACAAGCGAUGCAGACAUUCAGCAGUUUUUUCGGCCCACCUACAUGCUCCUUGAGCAAACGCGUAAGGCGUACUACUAUGCCUGCAAGGGUGGUACAGGUGUGGGCCCUCGCGCGCUGGUGCACUGCCAGCGCGGGAAGAGCCGGUCCGCCACCAUCGUCCUUGCCUACCUCAUCCGCCACAACGGCUGGACAGUGGCCGAGGCGCUGCAGUACGUCACCCGCCGCCGGCCCUGCGUGGAACCAAAUUUAGGUUUCAUUGACGCCUUGCGGGCGUAUCAGGAGUCGAUGGGCGUGGAGGAGCGCACGCGACGCUGCAGUUCACUUGGCCUUGCGGUGCGUAACCUGUCGCAGGAUACGGCGUCGUCGGUUGUGCACAAAUUCUUCGAGGACCACGUUGGCUGCGUGCAGGAGGUGAUGAUGCACUCCUCCCGCCCCAACCAGCGCGGGCCCACCACCAACGGAGACGCCAAUGGCAGGGGCAGCAGCAGCGACGGCGACAUCAAUACGUUGUGCCUCGUCUUUUUUGCCGCGGCGGAGUGUGUGCGGUUGGCAAAGAUGUUGUACGUGCAGCACCCCGAGCUCUUCAACGUUCUCGGCGUCGUGACUGGCAAAGAGUUGAAGCUCACGAUUCCCAGCAAACUGAUUCGGCUGCCGAGGGCGGCACCCACUUCCCGCGACGGUGGCAACAACACCCUCAGCGAGAGCUCCGCUCCAGCGGAGAAGAAGAGAGCGAAGGGAGACAAGGAAGAGGAUGCAGGGGGAUUAGACGACGGCCCGGUCCAACAAUGA